CACCUUCAACUUCACCUUUCUCCUCUUUCGGUGACCCGGUUGACCUUUAAUUAUGGCCCAUCGCAUCGUCUCUCAGGUCGUCGUCACCGGCGCCCGCGUCUUCGGGCGGGCCUUUGCCGAAGCCUACAAACAGGCCUCCGCCUCGUCCAAGUACGCUUCCAAGAACAACGGCAAAGGAGGCAAUGCCUUUACCUCCUCCGGUCUCACCCUCGACGAGGCCUGCAAGAUCCUCAACGUCAAACCCCCGCAAGGCGCCGAGUCCAACCUCGAACAGACCAUGGAGCGCUUCAAGAAACUCUUCGACCAGAACGAUCCCAAGAAGGGGGGGAGUUUCUACCUGCAGAGUAAAAUCCUCCGCGCGCGCGAACGGAUCGAGAUGGAGGUUCGCCAGGCUCAACGACACAGCGCCCAGGAGAAGGAGCUCCAGGAAGGCUGGAAGCCCAAGGUCUACAAGGACCGGUGAUCUUCCCCUGGAUCCCCUUUGCCUCUGAACCGAGACAGAGACGUUGUUUUCAUUGUGCGACUUUCUUUUCAGGAACUCUCCCGAAUUUCUGCGGCAUAGCAUGGCGUUUUGUUGGUGAUCAAUCAGUUGGAAGAGACCUAGAUCAGUCCUAUUCUGUUCGGAUGAUUAUAUGCGUGAUUUUUCUACUUCUUUUGGGAUCUUAAUUUCUCCACUCUAGCGUCGGUGAAACCCUUGUAUCAUAGCCAGUCUGCCGGACUUAUAUCGGAUUAAACAUGUAUCUAUAUAUCUAUACUCAACAAAUGAGUCGAG